UAGUGAGUCUCUGUAAAUAUUAAGAAGAUUAAAAUAUUAUAACUAAAGUCGCAAAUGUUUGGACACAAAAAUAUAUUCUGAAAUUGGUUCAAGAGUAUUUAUCUUUUUAAAAUAAAUAAAGCUAUGGAAAUGGCUUUAAAUUCGGAUACCAAUUAUCAGUCCUUAAAUGAAGGUAAUCCUUUUAAAAAGGAAAGUGAAGACUUUAAUAUUCAAGAUCAUGACGAUACACCAGGAGAUAGUGGCAUUAUGAUACAUAUGGUACCCGAAACAAAUAAAGCUCGAUGGAAUCAUAUUGAAGAUUUGGAUUCAUUUUUUACUCGCAUGUACAAUUACCAUCAAAAGCAUGGAUUCUCAGUUAUAGCCUUAGAUGAGAUUUUUCAGUUGUGCAAGUUUGCCUUCGUAGUGUGGUUACUAACUUUUACAAUAUACUGUAUCAACUAUCAAGUAUUAUUUGGAGACUCUCCACCACCGAGUAACCAUACCAAAGUUACUUUAAGAGACGUUGUUAUUCCAACAAGGCAAUGCAUAGCCAACUUUAAUGCUUUUACAUAUUUGUUAUUCCUUCUAGCAAUACUUUAUUUCGUUGUUCAUUUUUUGCGAGUUGUUUCUUUAAUAACUCAAUAUAUGGAUAUGAAAAAAUUCUAUCAAACCGCUCUCCACAUUGACGAAAAAGAAAUAGAUAACACAACGUGGCAUGAAGUAAAAAUGAAGAUAAGAGAAGUCCAGUCUGAGCAGCAUAUGUGUAUUGAUAAAGAGCAAUUGACGGAAUUGGACAUAUAUCAUCGAAUUUUAAGAUUUAAAAACUAUAUGGUAGCUCUUAUGAACAAAAACCUUCUACCUGUAAAAUUUAAUAUACCACUGCUUGGAGAAUAUGUGACGUUGAGUCGUGGACUUUUGUUUAAUAUACAUUUUAUACUAUUCAAAGGACCUGGUUCACCAUUUCAGAAUAAUUGGCAACUUCGAGAUGACUUCAACUUUCGUACCAAUCAAGUCGAAUUAGCUCAACGAUUGUCAAAACUUAUUAUGUGGGUGGCAGUAGCAAAUUUAAUAUUGGCUCCAGUUAUUUUUGUGUGGCAGUGCUUAUAUUUCCUAUUUUCAUACGCUAAUAUUUUAAGAAAAGAACCAGGGACAUUAGGAAUGCGAACAUGGUCUAAUUAUGGUCGCUUAUACUUGCGACACUUUAAUGAAUUAGAACAUGAAUUAGAUGCACGUUUAAAUCGUGCUUAUGAAUAUGCAGAUAGAUAUCUAAGCUCGUUCUCUUCACCGUUAAUGGCCGUUGUUGCAAGGAAUAUACUUUUUAUAUCCGGAGGAAUAUUGGUAUUAAUUUUAGCAUUAGGUAUAUAUGACGAAUUUGUUUUCCAAGUGGAGCACGUAUUAACGAUUAUCACUAUUCUCUCUGUUAUUGGAUUGAUAUGCAGAACUAUGAUUCCGGACGAAAAUUUAAUAUGGUGCCCAGAACAAUUGAUGACCGCAAUAUUAGCGCAUGUGCAUUAUCUACCAUCUAAUUGGAAGAAUAGAGCGCAUACAGUGGCUGUAAGAAAAGAAUUUGAAAAUUUGUUUCAAUUUAAAGCGGGUUACUUGUUAAAUGAAAUUGUUAGUCCGCUUGUAACUCCAUUUAUAUUAAUGUUUGUAUUCCGUCCAAAAUCACUGGAGCUAGUAAAAUUCUUUAGAAGUUUUACAGUAAGUGUAAAGGGUGUUGGAAAUGUAUGCUCAUUUGCUCAAUUGGAUGUUAGAAAACAUGGCAACCCUGAUUGGCAACUUCCUACGCCUAAUACAAAACAAAAAGGAAACGUUGAAGAUAGUACGACAAAGAGCGUAAUGGACAACGGUAAAACGGAACUUUCAUUAAUCCGAUUUACAUUAACCAACCCAGAAUGGAAAGCCCCACCAGAUGCCGUAAAUUUUCUGAAUGAUAUUAGAGAACAUGCUGCGGAAGAACUGAGAAACGCACUGAUAAAAGAUACAGAUAACAAAACAAGUCCUAUAACUGAAAGUUUAAUUUCAUUUGGCACAAUCGAUGCUGAGUAUUCGUCUUUGGCUACAUCUGUGUUUAAUGCACAUAAUGUUCAAAGGGCGGAAUUAUUAACAUCGUCGAUUAAACAGUCUAUAAAUCAAAACAAAUACUAUGACAGAAAAUAUCAUCCCACUCCGAAUAUUCCUCAAACUAGUGGUUUUGAACAAAUGCUUCAACAAAGCUUUGGUGAACAAGAAGGAAAUAUGUUGAGGAUACAAACUUCUUGCGACAAUUCUUUGGAAAAUAUGCGCAAAUUGCGUAUUAGCAAAGUAGAAGGACGACUGCAGGGACCGUCAGAAGCACUAUUGUAUAAUCUAUAUGGAAUCGACUCAAAAAUAUCAAACCCAAUUGAUAUUACAGUUGCAGAUAUGUCCCUAAGUACACUGUAUUUACACAACUUACACAAAUAUAAUACUGACCGUUCUAUUCAAAAUACUGUGGAAGAGGGCCAGGAGGCAGAACCUACUACUUCAAAACGAACAAUUAUUAUUUCGAAAGCUGCAGAAGACACACCGCUUCUCGGUAAUGUACGUUCAUAGCAGGAAGAACAUUGGAUCUAACAAAUUUAAUAAAUAAGAAAAUAGUAAUAUUAACAAAAUGAAUAAUACAUCCUUCAGAUGUAUGUUAUGUACAUAUACAUAUAUAGUUCUGUAAGUAAUUUAAGUAUCUCAUAUGCUGUACUUUAAAUUGCAAUAAAUGGUGCAUAUUUUUCAAAUUAACAACAAA